AUGAUCGAAGAAUUGGUUAACUGGAUUCAAGCCUUAUUUCACAAAGUCCUCAAAACACUUGUAAUUUGCAGCAAAAGUGAGGACACGUUUGAUGUGACGGACUUUGGCGCAGAUGUGAAGGGAGUGGACAAGAGUAGUGCCGCCGUCCAGAAAGCCAUCGACGCCGCUGUGGCUAAUGGCGGGGGAACUGUAUAUUUCCCGACCGGACAAUACCUGUGCGGACCAAUUCAUCUCAAGAGUGAUGUAACUCUCCAUUUGGCGGACGACGCGACUUACGAAGAAGUUAGAAGUCAUUUGUGGCAACACUGCUGUUGGUUACCAAUCAAGUGCCGGAUGUGUAAACAGUAUUUGCCAGACGCGGCCCCCUUUAUAGCCAAACACUUCAUUGAUGAACACUUUCUACACAUCAAACAACAGAAAUAUAAUUUUGUGACCCUUUAUGAGCCAAACAUGAGUUUCUCGAACGAAGAGUUUGUGAUUCUCCAGAAGAAACUGAUUGAAGUGAACACCAAUUCAGACAUAGAGGCGAACAUUAGGAGACUGUUGGAGGCCUCGGAGGACGGAUACUAUUCCCGGUUACGAAAGAAAUGCGACAAAAAAGUCUUAAGCGUUGCUAUGCUUCGUCUGACACCCGAACAAAUCGCCGCACAUUUGGAAAAGACUGACGAGACUGAGGACACGGAUAGACCGCCGGAACAGUUGGCAGCCAUAGAGCCGCAAAGGAGUGACGCGUCUGACCGGAUCAGUGCUCUUAAAAACUCUAAGGAUAAGACUAAUGCCGACAACAACUCUAGGGAUAAAAGCUCUUCGAGUUCUGACGACAGAGAUAAGAGUUCUUCUUCGAGUGGCAAAAGGAGAGGCCGUCAGCCCAAAGAGUCGUCUACUGAGAGGGCAUUGAGAUCUGAUUCAAACAGUUGUGAUAAAAGGGGUGACAAAACGGACGUACUUUUGGACACUAUAAACAGAUUGAAAGAGAGUUGUCGAAGCAGUGGUGAUGGCAAUGGACCUAAUGAUGCCAUGGCGUCCACCAGUGCUCGUAAUAAUAACACAUUAGGUGCAGACAACGUGGACAUGGAUGAGGAUGACUACCGGGUGGCGUGUUAUCACUGCAACGAUAAGUUCAAGUCUAAGAAGGAGUUCAACGCCCACUCCCAGAAAAAGCACCCGCAUAAGUCAGCCAGGUGGUACGCCAAACAACUCAAGUAGAUUACUGUACACCACACCGCCUACUAUUAAUAUUACAUUUCAUUAUUUAACUGUUCAUUACUUUAUAACCCAUUAC